AUGCAUCAGGGAUUAGAUGAGAUAUUGGAGGUGAGUGAACACACACUUGGAGACGAAAAGCCCGACACCAAAGAGUACUAUGAGUUACUAAGUGUAGUAAAUAGUAUAAAGGAGCAUCUUCAGAGGGCUAAAAGUAGCAAGUUGACCUCUGAGCUUGCCACAAAAGAUGACAAUUACAACAACACUGACACUGGAUUUACGUCACAUAAGGAAGAGAUUUCUACAGUUGGUAGUUCUUUUGCUGUGUCUACUGAAGACGAAGACUCAAGGGAUUAUCGUAUGAAAAGGGUUUUAGAGGAUGGUGUGCCGCCGCUGGACCCCAGGUUGCAGUAUUUAUCUAACGAAGAAGCCCUCAAUAAACUUAGCUUUGUGUGUGGUAUUCUCCUUACACGUGAUACAGAACACAAUGUUAGUAAUAUGCCCAAACAUACUACCAGGACUCUUGUGAAUGCGCUUGAGCUCGCAGCGGUGGUACUGAACUCUGGGGUAAUUCCUUGCGAUCUUGAGUGUAUUACUCCACCCCCUAGUAUUUCGUGUAAAACAUAUGGGACUGUGUCGAAGCAGAGUUUCUCUAGCAACAUAAAUCAAGAAGAUACUGUAUCAGCGGAAGUGCCUACACCUCAGAGUCCUCUUCCACAGAAGACUAAUAUUCGUAUAUCACUUGUUGAUGCUGUGUUAGCUUCUGGUGACAUGGUCCAUCCCAAGGAAUCCAACGAAAAGCUUUGCUUUAUUUUCAUCGCAUCACUCGUGGCUGCAGCCGUUCCCCGCAUGUGCCGUGACAGUAGCCAACUGCUAAGCACAGUUGAUAUCCGGUACCAUACUCUUGUAUUGUAUGGUCCGCGUCUUAUGAAAGUAAUCCAGCUUCUAUUUUCAAUAUUCUCCUUUUCCAACAUUUCAUCGCUAUUGUUUGAAGAGGUAAAAAAGGCAUUAAAUCAACUUCUAAAGGCUAUCUUUAAGCACGCCGAGCUUAAGGUACGCCUGGCUGAGGAAGGCGGAAGGUCCCAUUUUUUGCACACAGGGCAGAAUAGGGUUGAUAUUAAGAAUAACAGUAACAGUGGUGAUGUUGUACCUGGUGAAAAUUUGAUUGAAGUGCUGAAAUUUUGUUCGCGCAUAGCUCAGGUGGCGCCGCUGACCUCCGAUGAUACGGAUACUGCAAGAGCUGUUGUUCAUGAUACAAUAUCAUCACCUGAUGGAGGUACACUAGCUGUACUCUGUGAGAAAAAAAUAUUUGAUAAUGAUUCUUCUAAUAAAGUUCUCACGUCAUAUUGUGUCUCCACAGCUCUUAACUUUAUCCUGCAUAUCAUAGUGAGGGGUGGUUCUGUGUUUCAUAAUACAGAACCUGUAAUUUGCUGUGUCCGUCAAAAUGUUAUUCCUGCUGUAGUGCGAACAUCCCUUUCGACCGAUAUUGAUAUUUUUCGGCUUUCCCUUAAGAUUCUAUUACACUGCUGUAUGACCUAUGGACCGCAACUUGUGAAUGAAAACUCUACAAUAUUUCGGCACGUGUAUUUUCGUGUUCUAGAAUCCAAGUUCACUUCGUUAAUGCACAAGUCUAUGGUGAUAGAAGUAUUUCAGUGUUACAUCGAAGAGCCACAGAAUCUUCUGAACCUUUUUUUGAACUAUGAUUGCAAUACCUGUUCUUACAGUAUCUACGAGGAAAUGAUCGGCUAUCUUGACGCACUCUCUCGACCCUUACGCAAACAUUUUUUGAUCGACAACAAUGAUAAAGACAAUUACUUUGAGAGCUUAGAGGCUUUUAUAAAGGUUAAGUUACCCUAUGAGGUUCCAGAGUCACUUCGCCGAAAAGCCUUAGCUACUUUACUCCUCGUUUCAGGAUCGAAUGUUCAGUGGAUCGAUCGAUUUAAGACGAACAAGCAGGGCAAAAGCGAUUGUAAAUGCGAAGAAGACGAAACAAAUUCUCCUCAGCAAAUGUCCAAAUCCAUGACACUUGAGACCUUUGCACCUUUAGGAGUGGAGAAUGACGAAAAUAUCAUAUCAGGAAAGCUCACCUCAGAUUUAAUGGUUACUAAUGAAAACGACAUUACUGAACAGAAAGUACGAAGAAAAGCUGAAGGAUCCUACGAAGAAGAAGCUGAGAAUACUGAGUCACUUCAAAAAUUUGGCACGACGCCUGAGAGCACUAGUUCAAGACAAAGCGAGGAUUUUUUAAAAGCAAAACACUACAAGGACACAAUAAAAGCUUUUUUUAUAUUAUUUAAUGAAGUGGCCAACCCUGAAGUAGCCAUUGAUUAUUUAUACAGUUCAAUCUUGCUGCCGAAUGUGAACAGAGGAAAUGAGGGAUUUGAUUCAAAGAAUGCCUUAGCAGCUGCGAUAGCACGCAUAACAAAAACCACCAAUCCGCCAAAAAAUUAUACUCCCAAUAUGACUUUAGAAGAUAAAGAUGCGGUAGUUCUCUCAAGUACUCAAUUUUUUUUUCCAAUGUCGUUAACAAUGAGGGGGUUGCUGCAUCGGAAGAAGCAGUUCACAAGGUAG